GCCAUGUUUGGAGGAGGAAGAGAGGAAGUGGCGUCCUCUUCCCUCGCCCAGGCAAGAUGGAGUGGAGGCCGCAGGACUUAUAACUGAACCCCCGGCGCCCAGGAGGGGCAGGGGCCUGUCAGGUUGGGACAAGUGCCCAUGGAGCUGCCAUAGGUAAAACCUACAGAUCUCAACUUCACUGCCAAAAUGUCAUUGUCUUCUACUGCUGCACAUUGUUCAGCAUCUGAAAAUGCUUGCAGAAUUUCACCAGGACAAGUCAAUCAGGUACGACCAAAACUGCCACUGCUAAAGAUUUUGCAAGCAGCUGGUGCACAAGGUGAAAUGUUCACAAUGAAAGAGGUCAUGCAUUAUCUAGGCCAGUAUAUAAUGGUGAAGCAGCUUUAUGAUCAGCAAGAACAGCACAUGGUAUAUUGUGGUGGAGAUCUUUUAGGAGAACUGCUAGGACUUCAGAGCUUCUCUGUGAAAGAUCCAAGCCCCCUUUAUGACAUGCUAAGAAAGAACCUGGUCACUGCAACUGUCACAGAUGCCGCACAGACUCUCGCACUCGCACAGGAUCAGAGUAUGGAUAUUCCAAGCCGAGAUCAACUGAAGCAAGGUGCAGAGGGAAGUUCUAGCCCCAGGAAUGGACCUGAAGAAGGUGAUGCUCCUGCUCUGUCUACCUCACAGCGUAAAUGCAGAAAUCCAAGAUCAGCUUCUGUAGAUGAAGACUUCACAGAAAAUUUAACCCCAAACAAGUCACCUCGGCUAGACCUUGUGUUUGAGGAAUGGGAUGUCGCUGGCCUGCCUUGGUGGUUCUUAGGAAACUUGAGAAACAACUACACACCAAGAAGUAAUGGCUCAACGGACUUACAGACAAAUCAGGAUAUAGAUACUGCCAUUGUUUCGGACACUACGGAUGACUUGUGGUUCUUGAACGAGUCAGGAUCAGAGCAGCUAAAUGUUGCAGUAAAAGUUGAAACUACUGAUACUGAACAAGCAAAUGAAAGAGGGAAAGAGAGUGACAAAAAGUUGAUUGAAGUUAGGAUAUUUGAUGACCUUGAAGAUUCUCAGUGCUUAAGUGAUGACACAGAUACAGAAGUUACCUCUGAGGGUGAAUGGCAGUGCACCAAGUGCAAGAAGUUUAACUCUCCAAGCAAAAGGUACUGUUUCCGAUGUUGGGCAUUGAGAAAAGAUUGGUAUUCAGAUUGCCCUAAGCUGUCCCAUUCCCUUUCCGUGUCCAAUAUCCCUACCAUGCCAGUGAAGAAAGAUGACCAAGGAAUUGAUGUCCCUGAUUGCCGAAGAACCAUCUCUGACCCGCUUGUCCGACCCAAAGAACCAUAUAAGAUGGAAGACAAGUCCAAACUACUGGACUCUUGUAGCUCAGUAGAAUUCCUGGAUUUGGCCCAGAGUUCUGAAAGCCAGGAGACCAUUUCAAGCAUAGGAGAGCAGUCAGACAACCUUUAUGAACAGAACACAGAUACAGCAGCUAUGGAAAAUUGCAAAAAUCUUUUUAAGCCAUGCAAAUUGUGUGAGAAGAGGCCACGGGAUGGGAACAUCAUUCAUGGGAGGACCGCUCACUUAGUGGUUUGUUUUCGCUGUGCCAAAAGAUUGAAGAAGACCAGGGCUCCAUGUCCCAUUUGUAAGAAAUCAAUUCAGAUGGUCAUCAAAAUCUUUGUGGCAUAGCUUUUUAGGCAGGUCACUGGGUUUUACAGACCCGAUAACCAGCCAUGUGAGGGCUUCAAAUGUCAGUGGUGAGCAUCUGCACUUAGAGUAUGGUCGUAGCAUGUCCCUUUUGUUUGUGUGUCAUUCCCGGUAAAGUCACCUGGAGUUUGAGCAGGAGCUCUUUGGAACUAAAUAGCUUUUCCUAAAGAUUCUCUUUUGAGGACCUAUUAAAAUGGGUAGCAGUUUUUCAGAAAUUACUCAGUUGAACUCGGGGAAUUGAAAAGUACAUGGAAUAGCUGCCCUCCCUAUCCUUCACAGGUUGAGGUAGAUACAGAGGGAUUUGAGAGGGAGAAGGGCCCUAAAUAAUGACACAAAUAUGAGCCUUCUUUUCUAAGCUGUUAGGGACUUCAAGUUCCUGGAAAAAACUUAUUGUUGAUAAUAGUCUCUAACACCCAAGAUGAUUAGGAAAAGAUCGAAGCUGGCAAUUUGAAAAUAUAAACGUUAAUCUUAAGGUCAUUCCCUCAGCUUAUUGCAGUCCAGUGGAUCUCUUCACUUUGCAUUCACAUUGCUUAUUUGUAAGGACAAGGGCCUUGAGCAAAUCAGAGUAGACAUAUAUACUUUUUAUUGUUCCUAGACUGAGUUGUUUUGUUUACUGAGGUACCCCAUGUUAAAGAACCCUUGGAUUUAGUGUACAAAACUGCAUUCCUGAAAGGGCAUUGUCAUAGAGCCAUAGAAUAAUGAUCUCUAAGAUCUGACAGCACCAAUUCUCAUUUUUCAAAUGAAAAAAGUAAAGUUCAGAGAUAUUGUCACCCAAAGUCACACAGCUAGUGACAGAGUGAGGACCAGGAUCCUGGACUCCAAGAAAGAGAAAUAUUUAAAUUGUGCAUUUGAUUGAAAUACCUAUAUAUACUGAAAUAUACUGAAAGAUUAUACUGAAACUAAAACCUUAACAGCAAGUGGUCUAAUUAUCUAAACAUUAUUUUAUUGGAACAUUUUGUGACUAUUCUGAAGCUUGAGGACACUUUAACCUAUUUAUUCUCUGUUUUCUCCAUGAAAAUCUGCCUCAGUGUUUUAAGCACUCUGGAGUUCAGUUUAGCUCUGAAGAAACUCUGGUUUUUUUUUCUCUUCCAUUUUAUCGUAUCAAAAGAGUGAGUUAUUUGAAAGUGGUUAUGAUGGUAUAUGAUUAGGGAUCUACACUACUUGUGCUAAGUCCAGCUAUGUAACAAAUUCAGUUCUGCAGACAUGUAUUAACCACCUCUUAUAGACAAGGCACUGUACUAGGUCCUGGGGCUAUGUAAGGACUCAAAUCCCUGCCCUCAAAAGGAGUAGUUUUGUAAAGUUAUAAUUUUUUAUAGAGUACAAAUGAAAAGAAUCUAGGAAGGAAAAAUAUAUAUUCAUAUAGUAAUGAGAAAGCUUAUGUAUUCAGGAAGACAUAUAAAUUCAGACAACAGUGAGAGCAAAUGUAUGGCUAUAUGAAUGUCUACAAAUUUAAUUUAGUAUUUCAAUUCUGUACAGCUUUCGCCUCCCAAAUAUUCAGCUUGUCUUUCUUUUACUUCAGCCUUUAUUCUUCAUUUGUCCCAUCUGUGCCAAGUAUUGUCCUCAGAAGAUCCUAAGUUACACAUUAGAACCCACUCUGAUUGCCCUUGGAUCCCUCUUGAGGACCUGUCACCAGUGUCUGUUUUUGAUUGUUUUCUUUCCCUCACUGCUACGAACACAAGUCAUGCUGUAGACCUGGUGUGGUGGAACUGAAGCAGUAACCCAGGCUCUUCAUGGAAUCUGGAGAGGGAGAGGAAAGUCCAUAUUUAUGCAGACCUCCUUCCCCUUCAUCUUCUCUUGCUUUGAGGCAUGUGCUUAGAGGCUUAUAGAUCCAAAGCUGGAAUAAACAGUAGCCUGUCUAUUCCAAGCCUAUAGUUUUACAGCCUGUACUUGACUCUGCUCUUGGUUUUACUCUGCUAUCUUGGCUCUGCCCCCUCUACUCUUGGUUUUGAAAAGAUUUUAAAACUAAUGUCAAUAGAAGUAACCUAUUGGCCUAGGUCCCUUUUAUUGACCUUUCACACAUUUCUUUUGUGAACACUUUGAGUCAUUGUUUAAGUAGCUGUAUCUAUAUACACACAUGUGUAUGUGUUUUAUAAAAACAAAUGGGUAAAGAGGACUUAGAAAAGUUAGUCAAUUUCCAGGUUUUGUCUGAAGAGUUUUCUUGACUAUAUUAACUUUGUACUCAUCAUACUUAAAAAUCAUAUAUUUAAGGCUUAUUCUGUCUUUAAUACUAUAAUAAGUCUCAGAAGGUCAUACCAUUUCUUAGUAAGGUAUUUAAAGAUUUUCAUAGGUUUCUGUGAAUUAAAAGGACAUUAGAAGUUAUUCAUGGCCAACUCAAACCCAGGACAUAUUUCUGUAAUAGGAAGUUAGCUUUGACUCCCUAGCCACUAUGACAAUACCAAACCAAUACAUUUUGUUUUGGAUGUAGUGAUGUAAUUUUGUGUGUGUCUGUGUGUGUGUGUGUGUAUGUAUGUAUGUAUGUGUGUGUGUAUGCGCGUGCGUGUGUGUGCGCGCAUACAGAGGUGCGCAGGCUGGCCCACCCAUUCCUUUACAUUUGUACUUAAGAAUUGUUUGAGUUAUGAUAUUUGUUUGUUUUGAAGGAAAUACUCAGAGUUUGUAAUUGUAUUUUUUUACCACUUUGCUUUGUAUCAUUAUUUUGGUCACUCCUGAGCACUGCAAUGUUGGCUUCUCAGUGGAAAGUCAUUUGUAUGAAGCUAGUGCACCUUAGUUCAUGGACUUCAAGAGAAUUUUUGGGUGUUACUCACUGACUUUUCUUCUUCUAAUGAGCUCUGUGCACACCCAUGGAAGAAGCAGCACAUGAUCUGGAUACUGUGAAUCUAUUUUUUUUUUUUUUCAUUUACUUUGUUACCUUUUCAAAUCGUGCAGACCCUCUUGCAAUGUUGAGAGCUGUUCAUAUAAAUGAAAACCCAGACUUCUAAAUCUGUUGAAAGAAGAAGAAAAAUUGUGAACUGUAUGUGAAGAGCUGUACAACAGGAGCUAGGGAUGUGGACUCUCUGCACCUCAUGCCUAGAAAUACCCCCAUGUCUUCUCAUUCCACUGCCACACUGCUGGCACGUGUCCCUAGAAUUGUCCAGAAGUACCUUUGAUUGGAGAUACACAUAAUACAGGUCAAAGAGUGAAGGGAAGCACGAUGGUUCAUCUGGAGAAUGAUGGGUGAGGGGAUCCCCAGGAGGAGGAGGUGGUAGCCAUGUUUCUGUGGCCUCAUUUUUCAUAAGCACUGAUAUACUUCCUUUCAUAUGCUCCCUGUUUGUUGUAGUUAUUGCUCUACUUCUUGUGGUAGAGCAUCCAGAAAGCAUCCUGUUAAUAAGAUGUUCUGAUCUGAGAAGAGCAUUAUUGAGAAUGCUCUGCUACCCUCUGCCCUGCUACCCUCUACCCCCCCCCCCCCCCCGGGUACAUUAAGGUCUUGCUUGUGUUUCUAAAUGUACAGGUAGGUUUCCUCUACCCUCUAGUAAGAGGCUUUUUGAGGGACUAUAAAAUGGCAUACAGUGAAAUAAUUUUUGAAAGGCAUAUUCGUGUAUGUUUCAGAGUUAUCUAAAGUCCAGAAUGCUGUCUCUGUUGCUGCUUGUGUUUUGCCCAGUAAUUUAUUGCUUCUUGGGUGUCUAGUGUCGUUAUUACCCUAUUCUGGAUCAGCUGUGCAGAAAACAGUGCUGUACAAGUACAACAUUUCCACUAAGAGCAAUUAUUUAAUUCUUUGUGUCAACCCUUUCUAGGAAAUGAGCACUACUGGUGUUAGAUCAAAAUCCCCUGCUCAGUCCAUUAAGAUGUGUUUUUUCAUGUUUGAUUUCUGUUAAUCUGAGGACGUUGAAUUUUAGGGCAGUGCUUCUGUGCUUGAAACCAGUAUGCACAAGUCCCCUUUCCACACCCACAGCUAGUUUAUGUCUGUUUAGUACUCAGCAAUUAAUUUUUGGCAUAUAACUGCUGAUGCCCUGGGGGUAAAUAUGGGUUUACUGUCGGAACAGGAGAGAUGGGACAGCAAACUCAAAUUGAGUGACCAGAGGCUGCCCGGGCAGCCAGCCCAUGUAACGGAGCACUCUGAAACAAGGCUUAUCCUGCUAGGACAAGGCUCUUUCUUUUCUCCUUGUUGGCUACUUAACUUAGCUUUUCAGUGAGAGCCAAAGUUUUUCCUUUGCUUAAUUCCUUUAAUAAGCCACUGAAAAUUUGGGGGGAUUUGAAAAAUUCCUUCAGAUGAAGUGCCUAAACACUAGUGUGCCUUCUCUUAGUCUGUGGGAUUGGUGGGGACGUGUGGCAGAGGGGAAGUCGGGUACGAGUGGAGAGAGCCAGCAGCCAGCCAGGGUGGGUCUGAAUAGGGAUGGAGGACCCUUGGAAAUGACAGGCUUUGACUUCAGUAUAUGGAAUACUCUGCCAAAGAACUAGGGGGAAGAGUGAGUAUAAAGAGCACUCUCUGGGAGCGAAAAGGUCUUUGAAAAGUUGCUUACUUAAAUGCUUUUUUUUUUUCUCCCUUUUUGGUGAGGCAGUUGGGGUUAAGUGACUUGCACAAGGUCACACAGCU